AUGACGGUCCAUUCACAGUUGUCAGGAAGACACGAGGUGACUUACGACUUGCCAUGUGACGAUAUAUACGUUGUCGAUCGUGAUUGUUGCCUCAUGAGAGUGGCUCCUGGCAAGUACAAAUACUUGGUAAGAUGGGAAGGCUAUCGUGAAGAGGACGACACUUGGGAACCCGAAUCGUCGUUUACAAACGUACACACCAUUCACGAUUACUGGAAAAGACUUGGUGAACAACCUGAACCAAAGCCUGAGAACACGCGUGGAAAGAGAAAAAGAAACGCAAAAGGCAAAACGAGUUCUGGGACAAAUGACGCACCUCGCAAAAACCACUCACGCAAAAGACAACGGAACAGCAAUCCGAAACAACCCGUGCGUAAAUCACUCCGCCUCCAAUAA